CACUCCUCCACUUGUGACUUGUGAAUAUCAUACAGAAAGAGCUCUCACCAAAAGGCAUACAAAAAUGGUCUUGCGUGCGAGUCGGCUGGUCGCCAUCGCGCUCGUCGCCGUCGCCGUUCUCGCCUCUUGGCUGCUUCCUUCAGCGCGCGCUGAUUGGCCCUGCGGCACCGACACUCAGGGCAAUACCAACGUAUGCACGUGUUCUGGAGUGGAUACGACGACCAUGUCGUGCAACAAGUUAGCCUACAUGAUUCAGGAUUUCCCCUCCAACAUCAGUGUGUUUCAAGAUGCUUGUGUCGGCUCCUCAGGUGUUACUACUUUGACCGUUUCUGCAACGGCCUUCGACGGUCUGAGUUUGCUGACUCAUAUUACGUUUUUCGGCUGCCCCCUGAACCUCCAACCACAAAGCCUCUCGAAUUUGCCGAAUCUAAAAUACUUAAUGUUGGAGAAUGCUCAGCUCACGAAUUUAACUGGCUUGCUCGCCAAUCUGCCGAAUUUGCAAACACUGGUAUUGAAUACCAACCAAUUUACGGCGGUCCCGCCGGAAGUGCUUCAGCUGACAUCGUUGACAUCGCUCUCGCUGAAUGCUCAGGCCAUCUCUGGGAUCAAAACGUUCACUACUCUGCCCCCCAACGCAUUUGCGGCUCUGAUCAAUCUAACAGAACUCAUUCUCAACUCGAAUGGUUUCACCGCGUUGCCAGCGAAUUCCUUUACCGGCCUAACUCAACUCAGCCGGCUCCUAUUCUCGACCUGCUCAAUCUCAACCGUCGAUCCCAAUGCCUUUUCCAAUCUGCCGCAGCUUCGAGAACUUUACUUCGAUUCUAAUCAGCUCACGACUGUUCCGCCUGUUUCGACCGUUCCCUCUCUCCUCGAUUUGAGACUGGCAGGAAACCUGAUCACCACCCUUGGGACUACCUUCAGUCAUCCAUCGAUCCAGAUUCUUCAGCUACAGUUGAACCCGCUGCUGUCAUCGCUUCCAGACAACUUUCUGUCAUCCGUUCCUGCGUUGCAGUACCUGACUCUCUCAAGCUGCGCGUUUAGCGCCUUCCCAAGCAACGCAAUUCCGACGACAGGAACCUUUCCAUUGAUAUCUCUUCAACUCGGUGCAAACGCGAUCACACAAAUUCCGCCCGGCGCUUUGCAGGCUUUGCGCAGUCUCGUGCAAUUGAGUCUAUCAUCCAAUCAGCUGAGCGCGCUUCCGCCAGGUUUAUUCCAGGGCUUGAGUGCGUUGACCUCUGCACAGGUUUUUCUGACCAACAACAACUUUGCAUCCGUACCGCUGAGCACUUACGGCAGUGCCACAGCACCAACUCCUUGCAACUCCCAGUGCGCCACCUGCUUUGGCAUCGGCUCCGGCCGAUGCUGCUCGCCAAACUGCGCAAUUUGCUCAUCCACCUCGACGUGCACUCAAUGCUACGAUGGCUUUAUCAACAUUCUGGGCGCUUGCUAUUCCCCAUCCCAGACUUCCACGCUGUACUCUCAACAAUCGAUUGAUUCUCUCCUUUCGGUUCAGUCGGUAACUUCCGCCCAGGCUGUCACCUCUGCCGCCUCGGCCAAGUCUGCGAUUUCUGCUCAAUCAGUGCAAUCCAUCUCCGCCCAGUCCGCUGCUUCUGCGACCUCCGUGGUGCUAGCUUCUGUUGGCUCGGUCCAGUCCGUUCGGUCGGCGAGUUCUGCCGCCUCUGCGUCUUUCCAAUCCGCUGCAUCUGCUCAAUCCGCGUCGUCGAUCGAGUCCAUCUCUGCUCAAUCUGCGUCGUCGAUCGAGUCCAUGUCUGGCCAAUCCGCUGCUUCUGCAAUCGCCGUGUCGGUCUCGAUCCAAUCCGCCGAGUCCGCUACCUCCGCUUCUGUGCAAUCAGCAGCAUCCGCCGAGUCGGCUGCCUCUGUAUCCGCCGAGUCGGCCGCCAUUGCAUCCGCAACUUCAGUUGUUUCGGCACAGUCGGUCCAGUCUUGGGCUUCAUCCGCGUCCGUCGAGUCGGCCAUUUCGGCUCAGUCGGCCGCGUCCAUUUCUGCUGUUUCCGCCUCGAUGAUUAUCAUCCACGGCGGCAACGACUCCUCGGACGUGUUGCCGAUUGCAAUUGGUGUCGCCAUUGGAGGCCUUGUGCUUUUGAUUUUGAUUGUCGUGCUUAUUCUGCGCCAUCGCAGAAAGUCGUCCACCGUCUUCAAGCAUGACCAACUCUACGACACUACGUCUUCGGCCCCCGAGAGAGUCUCGACCGCCGAAGAGCCUGCGUAUGCAGUCCACAAUGCUUCUGGCUCCACGUACGCCCACGUUGCUGUGAAUCCCGUCUAUGUUGCUGAGGAUGCUCCUCGUGAUACGUACGCCGAAGUCGCUGGCGCCCCUCUGUAUGCUGACGUUUCCGCAAACGCGUAUGCCGACGUUUCGACCGCUCCUGCAUAUGAGAAUGCAGACACCUCUGUGACCUAUACCGAGGCCGCGGUUGCAGCUCGAGCGAGCGCUCCGCCGGUGCCUUCUGCAGGCAGCGCCGCCGCUGCUGCUGGCACCAAUUACUCGACUAUUGCUUCUGUCUCGCCGUCUUUGAAUGACCACGGUUCGAACGACACCUACGAAGUUCUUCCCAAUGCUUAAUGUUGACUUUUCGUGUCAAAGUCGGUUUUUUUGUGUUUGUUUGUUUUUUGUUUGUCUUUUUGUUUUCGAAUUGUGUGUGCGCUGUUUUGUCUGGCAUGUCUUGGAGCGUAGUCCUCGGCGAGACGUUUUCACAGUGAUAAAAGAAUUGUGUCGAUGCAACUGCAGCACACAGAAUCGAUGCAGCAAGAAUGAG